GACUUUUCCGGUUCGGCCCAAAGAUUUGGCACCACUCGUUCCUGAGGAUGGAUACCAGGAGUGUCUUCAUCGCAUCCAAAUGUUGUUGCAAGAAUCCGUUGCGCAAGGCAAGGCUCAUCAUGGCGUAGAUGGCGUUGAACGUGUUGGAGACGAGCGGUUGAAAUUGCAGUGCCCGGUGACGCUCAUGCGGCCAAGCACAGCGGUCAGAGGUGUUGACUGCCGUCAUUUUCAGUGUAUGGACCUGGAUCCUUACCUCAUCUCCAACUAUCGAAUGAAAGCUUUCAACAGCCGCUGGCGCUGCCCCCUUUGUAGCCUUGACCUGAGGCCGAAGGAUUUGAGGAUCGAUAGCUUUGUUCAGAUGUUGCUGAAGGAGACAGAACCAGAAGUGGAAGAGGUGCUUCUCUUUCCGGAUGGAACGUGGGAAAAGGGCGCGCCUGUUCCGCAGACGCGCACUCCCAGCUCCUCGCCAUCGCCACAACCGCCAGCGAGACCGCUCGCCCAGGCCAAAGGGCCUGGUCGGCGAGCGAGGCCGAGGCCGAAAGCUUCAGGAGUCACGGCUCCACGUGGGCGGAAGCGUCGGAAGGGGCUGCUGCCCAUUGGUGUGCUGCCAGUGGCAGGACCAGCUCCUCCACCCAAGAGACGACGUCGCCUUCGCGAUGACCGAAGCAAUGGCACAGCACUUGCAAAUCAUCAGCGAUCAGAGGCCUUGGCCCGGCGCCGCAGCCCGGCGCGGGCACCGAUUGCGCUGCGCCCCGUGCGGCGGGUGCCUGUGGCGCAGCGCCGCGCUGCGGUCAUUGCGGCAGGGCCCAACAAAAGUGUGGGCUGGGGCCCCCUGAGCUCAGUUGAUUGUGCAACUGCCCCUUUCCUGGAGUGGACGGAGUCUGCGCUUUGUGCCGGUGUGUCUCCCGGCUGGCAGUGGACCUCCCUGCUCCAAGAAGAGCAAGCUCAACAGCGGGCCAGGGACAGGCUUUGUGCUCCUGUGGGCCCUCCUACUACGGGAGGGUUACCAGUGCCUCCCCCACCUCCUCCUCGUACGGAGGGCAUUGCGGUGAAGAGGGAGGCGGCGGCGAGCGCACCAAGCGCCCCAGCCGAGGUUGCUGAGGCACCUUCCUCGAGUCAGGAGAAGAGUCUGCACGUGGAAGCAGAGAAGCUUUCAUUGACAAGAGGCCCGUCAGCAGGGCAAGGAGUCCGAGACUGGAAGAUAGAGACAGGGGCAGAGGCAGACCCCGAGAACCAGAGCAUCCUCCUAGAAGGCGCAGGUGAGCAGAGUCAGAAGGGCGAAGCAGAAGAAAAGUUUGUGAACGGAGAAGAGGUGGAAGCCAAUUUGGCUCCUUUGGGAAGAUUGGUGCAAGGUACUCCUGUCGUCGUCGUUGGGGAGUACCGACAAGAAGGAUGUCGUCUUUGCGGCACAGUGCAGGGCCUCCAAGUGCGCCACGUGGGCGAUGUAGAGUUGCAACUGACAGGGGAGGGGACGGAAAGCGAGUCCCUCCUGAAGUGGAUCACCGGGCACCCCACGGUGCCAGUGCGGGUCCAUCUGUGCGGCUCAACUUGCCCCAACAAGGUGGACGCAGAAGGUCUAGUACACGCCACAAAAAUCCGACAGAAACAGAGGAGCGACGAGGGAGGCUGGUCAGAGAACCUGCGAGAAGGAAGAGACGAGAAUGCAGAGCUGAGGAGAGAAGCAAUGGCAUUGCAAGAGAAGGAGCCGAAGGAUGUCUUCGGGUCAACUGGCCUGGACCCCGAUUACAAAGUGAGGAGGAAACUGGUGAAAGCAUUGAAGAAGAAGUUGAAGAGGAAGAAGGAGGAGAGCACCAGCGGCGAUUCAAGCUCCAUCGAUGGGAGCGGGGAGAGCAGCGACCAGGGCAGCUCCGAGGACGAGGGGAUCUUCGGGGACACCCACAAAGUGCGGGUGGUGGCCCGCCGAGCUCCAGGAGUUACUAUCAGGGAGAUGCAGAGUCAACUCCUGACGGCAGCAGGCACAGUUUGGGACCAGGAGAAAGGGGAGGUGCCUGCGGUGGCGCUGCAAUAUUACCGCAACCAUCUGGCCCCCCUCCUUUCAGGGGGGGCCAGCCGAGAAGCUCUGACCUUGUGCUGGAGCUUAGACCUGGCGCUUCAGGGGAAAGUUGCCAACACGGUCGACUGCUUGGCGCAGAGGCUGAAGAGUUUGCAGCUGACAGCCAAUGGAGGGAGUUGGCAAGUCAGUCAGAGGGUCGAAGUGGUCCCGCCAGAACGGGGACAACUGACAAGCCGCGCAGAAACACAGGCUGCGGCCAAGGAAGACAAGGAGGAGCAGAAGACGAGAGCGUUAGCAAAAGGAAAAGAAAAGGAAAAGAAAAGGGAAAGAGCGAGAGUUCAGGGGCAGGGGCCCCGUGGCGAUACGGAAAGGGCGCGACAAAGGGAAAGGCAAGAGGAGCGAAAAAGAGGAAGGAAAGAAGAGCUCCUAGAUUUGGGAGCUGAGGCUGAAGACGAAUAUGAGGGCCCCCUCCUAGGUUUGGGAGGAGAGCCACAAAGAAGCUAUGAAGAGGUGCGAGGAGCCCCCUGUGGCCUUAGUUUAAACCAGGGGAAGACUGCCCACGGCCGGGACACUGUCCUUGGACAGGACCGGGCCAGGUGCAGUACGGGAGUGCGCGAAGAUCGCCCUCCUGACAGCCCUGAAUGUGGACCCUGGGUGCGUGGACACGGUUCUGUGUGGAAACCGCCUAUAGGUCUUAUGGGGCAUGGCGCCGGAGAGAGGUCAGAUGGCGCAGGCGUUUUUCCACAGUUUCAUGUUUCACCUAGUGGCGAAGCUCCGGACAGCCAGUUCGCUGGUAGUCCCUCGGCGUCAUCCAACCGAUGCUUAGGUGACUUUGCAGAUAGUCACUUGGACGAUGCCCCGCAGACCUUCGAUCGCAGUGGUGAGAAAAAGAAGAUGAAGGAUCCGAGUGAAGUCAGGGAGUGUGGUCGAGUUGAGAAACUUGUUGGUUUACCCUGGGGUUCCUGUUUGCCCUUAGUUCAGUCACUGCUGAUUAAAUCUUCUUCAAAAUUGAAAAAGAAGCACAGCGAGGCCAAGCCCACGGGUGACGUAUUCCUGUUACCCACCAGCACUGACAUUUUAAGGGGGCAGGAACGUCUGGCCAGGGUUGAUGUGGUUAUGCUGCGGUCUCUUUGCUUGGGUCUCAAUAGUUACGCGGGAGUUGACUUAGAGUCAGGGGCCAGAGUAACUCCUUUGCAGCUUGAGUUCCUGGAAGGGCUGUGCGGAGAUUUAGCAGAGGUUUCAACAUGGGAAGAGACGUUUAGCUUGUCUACUUGGGAAUCCUUUUUUAGUAGUCGCAGUGUAGACUAUGUUGGUGAUGAAGUGUCGGUGGCAAAAACUACUUCUUGGUCCAACCUUAGUCCAGCUAUACCUGCAGAAGUAGGAGGGGUGGAGCUGUCUUCGGUAUUGGAAGGGGGUUGCAGACACUACGUCACACAUUUCGAGGACUACCUAGUCCCUCCUGAAUCCAUGGAAUACACCAAGCCUCCGAGGGUCAUGGUAGCUGAUGACCAAUGGGAGGGCGUCUGUCGAGGUCUCCUGUCAUCGGGUAUCUGUGGCCUUCUCCCGGAGAGCGAGUUGUUCCAUGUGAAGGGGAGGAAUUCAGUCAGUCUGGCACAGGCAGUCCACCGUUCCGUGGUGAGAAGUGCCAAGGGGAGGACGAGCAAUCGCCUCCUGGAUUGCCAAGAGCUGAGGAAGGAUCGUCCUUUCCCCAACACUGAUCUGAUGCAUCGAAUAUAUUUGGACAACUUUGAUGAGUUGGAACGCAUGGACGGGAGUUUGGCAGCGCUCCUGAAAGGAGCCAACACGGAUUUUGCCACUUUCCUUACCAGACAGCCGAUGAACGGGCCGAGGAAAGCUCCCAUUCAGGGAGGUAGCGAUCUCCUCGUUAAGAAACUGCUCAACUUGGUCAGUAUCAAAGGAGCUUCUGGUGGUGGUGGCGGCGGCUGCCGCCAGCAGCGAGAGCAGGCGCAGAAAGGAUACGAAGUGACCAAGGAGCGGGUGAACACCUACCGCGCCGGACAGGAGCUCCUUGAUAAAGGUGGAGAAGCCGCAGAGACUGCCAUUCGAGGGAAGAUGAUGGCCAAGGUGGCCGUGGGCCACUCCGAAGAGCUGGUCACCCGCGCACGUGUGGCAAAGGAGACCUUGGAGGAGACUGUGCGCUGCCUGCGAUCUGCACACCAGUCCGCAGAGAAUUUGCCAGAAGGUGUGACAGGUGUCAGCAGCUUCGCCGAACUGGCUGAGGCCUAUGAAGCAAAGGCUACUCUGUACAAGAUGCUCCUUGAGACCUGGGAAGAUGACAAGGAACUUCCUAAGCCGCCGCUGAUGACACCGGCGGAGGAGGAUGCGGCGUUGCUGCUGCAGAUCCAGGAUGGAUACAAGCAGACCAAGACGAGGGUGGCUCAGGGCGCCGAGCUCCUUAGGAAGAACACAGUGGAGACCGGCAACAUCUUCACCUCGCAAUGCCUGGGCUCAUCAUCAGUAUGCGUCUGAUUGGCUAAUUAAGCACUGCAGCUUUCGCGCAGGUUGCGAAAGCGCAGCUUAAACACGCAAGUGUCGUGAUUUCUGCCUGGUGGAAAAUCUGUCGUACAGGGACGGGGAAGUGCCACCAUUCUGCCUGAAGAGGCUGGUGAAAUUCGUGCAAGUGGAAGUAGCUCACCGGAUUUGUAUCCAAAC